CAAGUUACUACUAUCAACCACUCUCUGGGCAAAAAAUGAACUUCAAAUCACUUGCCCUAUUCCUCACUGCCGCUGCAGUCCCUCAGGUUGUAGUCGCGGGUCCGCUUGCCUACGGUAUUUGCCAGACAGGAUGCAAUGGUCUGGCUGUUGCUUGCUACGCCGCCGCCGGGUUCACAUUCGGGGUCGCACUCCCUGCAGCACCUCCUGUGCUGAUUGCAUGUAAUGUGGGCCUUGGGGGGUGUAUGGCGGCUUGUGCCGUGGUCGCGCUUACACCCACUCCCUGAGUGGGUGCAAUCGUGAAUGUGGCGACGAGAACCCACAUUGCGUGAUGAGAAUGGCGUCUUUGUU